AUGAUUUUGAACAACAAAUUUGGUAAUGCCGCAGUCUAUAAGUUUGCAUUUGGGGUCUGUACUUCAGUCGUUCAUUUCUUAGGUCUUGUAAUCAGUGCUACUGUACAAAUUGGUGGAUUGAAGAUCUGUAUAAAACAGCUUUUAUUAUUUUUGGUUCACAAAGAUAAUCGUGUCUCACCGGAUUCGAUGGCUUCAGCAGCUUUUCAGCAUCAUAGUUCAGAAGGAAAAAAAGCGAAGCGACGUUCUUCUCCAUUUCUUCGCCUUGUUCAUCGGAUUUCGAUGAAUCGAAAAACCGGCAGAAAAGAUGGCUCUCGAAGUGUAACUCAUAAACUUGACAGUGAAGGCAGUGCCGGAGAGAACCUUACGGCUGAUGCAUCACCUUCUUCAUCAGUCUGUUCUGGCACACCGGAACCAUCACCACGACCGGCUUGGUCAGAAAAUGAUCUGAGACACAUUACGAUCCACACGGAAAAGGUUCCAACUGAAGCAACUACUCCGUUGAAGGCAGUAAAUGCAUCUUCAUCAGAAGACAAUCUGUUGCUGGGUAGUCCAGAUGGAGCUUCUAGUAAGAAACGCCUUCCAUCGUACCUUCGAGUAAGUUGUGCAUUAAGUGGUUACCGCAGUCAAGGUUAUCGUCGUACCAGCAACAACAGAAGCCCUGCGCAGCGAACACCUCAAACGAUGCCACUUGGGAUGGUGGAACGUCGUACUUUGGCAUUCGAGAAUACAACCCUUUUUAUUGUCCCGUUUUUGGACUUAUUGAAAAUUGGAAUUAAGACACUUUUUGAGCUGCUCGAUAAAAUGCGUUGCGCUAUUUGUUCAAUUGAUGAUGAUGACGACGAUGGUGAGUCUCUAUUAGAUAGCAUUCAGCCAGUGAUUCAACCUAUCUAA